CAUUGACGCGGAACGGAUGUGCCUCUCUCUACUCCCGUUCUCUCAGCCUUUUUCAGCCAUUAGUUUCUGUCAGACCUUUUUGUGUUUUAUACUGUUCGGCUCAGUUUUAAGUGAUCUUUACUUUCUGAUUUUUAUAUUUUACUUUUUUCCGAUACUUUUCUUCUUAAAUCGUGUUUUUAUUUUGUGAAAAUGUGACUUUUUGACUUUUUGCUCUCUUUCAGUCUUAUCUCUCUCCGUAUAAUUUGAUUAUCAACAUCUGAUAUGUCUAGUGACAGUGACUCUGAUGCCUUGCAUUUUCUCCCUAAAUUUCGCUCUCUCUCUGCCACUCGUAACCCCCGUAGCCGUAAAACUCUUUCUCAGGGAGAGAAUAUACCCGCUGCCUCUCAAAAACAAUCGGCAAAUCCUAGGUGUAAAUUCACUUUCGGCAAUAAUUCACAAACUUCUUCAAAUAAAACGGACACGUCUACCUCUGCUGUUACUCCUCCAGUCCUCCCAUCCAACAAAAUGGGAUCUAAAUCUGAUGCGAAGCCCAAAUCUGAAUUAUCUGCCCUUAAUUCUUCCGACUGUGAUGUUUUGAAGAAGGCUACAAAAUGCAUGAACACUCUUGAAGGCGUUUCGGCCGGCCUUACUACUCUGCUCGCUGUUUUAUCUCGGUCACCUACUCAACCUGGCUCUGAUAAAUCUGUUGUUACUGAUUUUUUGUCUAAAGUUAUUACUCUUGUUGAUAAAUUUGCUCUUAACAUUUAUAUUCCUGAUGACUCCAACUGUUUGUAUCCUCGAGACUUUAAGAACCUUAGCCCUGAACAAAAAAUGGAUAAAAUCUUUGACAAAGUCCACAUUAAUUAUGUUUUAUUACAUGGUAUGAAUAGAAGCACAGUGGACGACAGGUUCUCUCUUAGGAAAGAUCAACAAUUAAUUAAAUCCGAAAUUACUAAAAUUAGAGAAUCUACUAACUCUAUUUUAAAGAAUAAACUUAGUAAUAAUAAUCAAUCCCCCCCCGAUAAACGUGAAUCCUUAGAACUUAAAAAUAAAUUUGAUAUUUUGACUAAAGAUUUUUCAGUUUUUAAAGAAAACCAAAAUAACUUAAUCUCGCUAAUUAAAAAUAAUACAGAUAAAAUUGAGAUAACCUCUAAAAAUAGUAGUCUAAUUCCUCCUAAAGAAAACAUUGAUAAAGAUUUCCCUCCAAUAAAAUUAUCCUCUAAGAGUAAACCUAAGAAAAUACAAGUUAACAAACCCAUUUAUAAAAUUACUAGUUCUGACCCUAAAGCAUCUUCAGAUGAUAUUCUAACACGUUUUAAAGAAGCAGUUAAACAAACCCCUGCCCAUAUUCAAAAAAUUUUUCCCCAAAAAAAUAGUCUAACUAUCAUAACAGAAUCUAAUGACCAGGUAAACCUAAUUAAAGAUAAUAUUGCCACAAAAAAUCUCUCUUUGUCUCCUAUUGAUCGCAAAAAUCCCCAAAUUACUAUUUACAACGUCCCCUCAGAUCUUGAAGAAUCUGACAUCAUUGAAGAUAUUUUCCUAAAAAAUAUCUUAACAAUGGAUAAAACGACUUUCCUUGCUAAUUUUAAAAUUGUUAAAUCUUACAGAUCCCCAACAGAUAUUAAACAGAAUACUCAGUCCUUAAUUUGCUCAUGUUCCCCUUCCCUUAGAAAUUAUUUUAGACAAAAAGAUCACAUUUUCAUCAGUUUUUCCUCAUGUCUCGUCCUAGAUCGUAUCAUUCCAACCCGUUGUUUCCGUUGUUCCUCUUAUCAUCACUCUGCUAGGUUUUGCAAGGCUUCACAUCCCUUCUGCUCAUUUUGUUUAGAAAAUCAUUCCUCUCAGGAGUGCAAGGCUUCCCGCAAUGCCAACCCUGGUAAAUAUAAGGGACAGAACCAGUGUGCUGCUUGCAUUACGGCAGGGCU